UCACAGCAGUUUUGGAUUUCAUGGAUAAGACCAGAUGGACGAAUAAUUACCGUCAGGCGCAUUGAUCGCGAAACCUUGUGUACGCGCUCCGCUUUUGGUUCCAAUGCCAGAUUCAGUGGAAUAUUUAAUCAGUUCAGUCAGAUUACUCCUCCAUUGUUGCACCCAAACAUCCCUGCUUUUGGAACAAUUACAUCGGACAACAUGUUUUGCCCCGUGAUGUUACGCAUUAUGACGUCAGUAAAUGACCGUGAUUCGGCCCUUAGCACAAACAGUCAGGUUAUUGAAUCUGUCCUAAAUAUCCGUAUUUUGAUCCAGGAUAUCAAUGAUAACGCACCGACUUGGCCUGGGCAUUUGAAACGAUUCCAGGUUACCUUCCGAGAUGGAGACUCUGUCGGAGAGAGAAGGACUCUGCCGUUGGCUGCAGAUAGUGAUGUUGGAACCAAUGCACAGUUGCGAUAUGAACUCGUUCCUCCUAAAGAUGUUGACAGAGGAUUCAGUCCAUUCGGACUGGUAGAACAUCCCGUAGAUGGCCUGUACAUACAGGCACUUAAAAAUGUGGACCGUGAGGAACGUGAGACAUAUCAGUUCGUUCUUCAAGCAAUAGAUCGUGCAAACGGAGCUGUUGAUCAACAGGGCGGUGGAUCAGAACGUCAGUUGACGUCGCGCCUAAUUAUAGACGUUCUCAUUGUCGAUAUCAAUGACAACGCACCGCUGUUCACACAGCCUGUGUUCACACCAAAUGGUCCGGUGGCGGAAACAACUCCGGUCGGGAGGACAGUGUUGGUUUUGAACGCAACAGAUGCGGACACUGGUAUCAACGGAGCAUUUCAUUUCGCUUUCAGCAGAGAGCAUGCGUGGAUAACUUCUGAAGUGUUUGCCCGGCAAUACUUUGAUGUCCGUCCGAACGGUCAAGUGGUUGUGCGUCGCCCUUUGAACGUCGACCAGAUGCAUACUACAGCAGACCCCGCUUUGCUGACCAGAGCGAAUGCAGUGCGUUUGCCCAACGAGGAGGGACUAUUAACAAUGAACCACAUAAUGCCGUCUGUGGGUCAACCUCGUGGACCAACAAUGCAGUUUCGUUUCAGAGUCAUGGUCGAGGAUGAAGCGAUGCGGCCAUACACGCGAUCGAGUGAAGCAACUGUGAUCAUAACUGUCACAGAUGAAAACGAUGAAGCCCCGAUAAUCGAUAUUCGUGUGGGUAAAGAUCAGAAUUUCACCCCCCUAACUACCAGUGCGGUGGAACAUUUUCGAUUUAGACACCUGACUGUUUCAGAGAACCAACCAGUCGGAACGAAAAGAGCGUUUGACCCAGACUUUGGUGGGACGGAUCAUGUGGACUGCUACUUAAAGACGCCAAAUUUCACUUUAACUCAAAGCAACCCUGUCACUCGUACGGCUGUCGAUUCCGGGAACGGGCUGAUGACCUAUCUCCUUAAAACUGCGGCAGAACUUGAUCGGGAGUCCACCCAUUCUCAACUGGUGGCAUUGUACUGCGCAGAUUUGGAUGGCCACAUGACAGAGCAGAAUCUCACGAUACACAUUUCAGACACAAACGACAAUAGUCCGCAGUUUCAAAGACAUGAGUAUGUGAUGCAGGUGGAAGAGAAUAUGCCGCCUGGGACACAUUUGCGUCACGCAGGACGUUUCCAGGACUACACGAAUAGAACACAACAUAGCGUGCUGGCUACAGACCGUGACGCUGGGCAGAAUGCCGAAUUGUACUACAUUUUAUCAGAGAGUGGGAGGAAUUCCUCCUAUUUUCUAAUCGACUCACACAGCGGAGCUCUCAGCACUGCGGUUAUGUUGAACCGUGAAGAGAACGCUCAGUUCGUACUUCAAGUUACGGCCGUUGACCGGGGGAAUCCACCACGAACCGGAACCACCACUGUGAAGGUUAAUAUCAUUGACAAAAAUGACAACGUCCCACAGUUCACGCAACAUGCAUACACCUUCCAUGUAAUGGAAAAUCGUCCGGGAACCGAAUCUGUUGGUCAAGUUUCGGCCACUGACCAAGACUCCGAAGCUCACGGAUCAAUACAUUAUUAUUUAUCUAACGACCCAGAUGCCUUUGUAUUCCGCAUCGAACUGAUGACAGGGAUCCUGCGUACGCGUCAACCCCUAGACAGAGAAAAACAGGCUAAAUUUCAAUUCUUGGUAUUUGCCAGAGAUGGGAAUGUUCCGGAAGUUUCGUCUGGGCCAGGAUCCAUGGGACCGAUGCAGUUGACUGGGACGGCUACUGUUACUGUAGUUGUAGAUGACGAAAACGACAACUGGCCAAUAUUCAUCAGCCCAAACGCAACGGCGAACACACUGGCGAUCGCAGUAGAUGAAACUCUUGGACACAAAUUGGCUUAUAUUCAAGCAACCGACGCAGAUGAGGGAGAGAAUGCUCUGAUAAGUUACCAAAUCCGUUCUGGAAACACAAAUAGUUUGUUUGGACUGGACAAAAGCACGGGAUUAUUAUACUUGGCUAGUGCACCCAACCCGAUUGUGGAAGCGAAUCACUUGGAACUGGAGCGCAACAACAGUGUGGUUAUGUCGCUAUCGGAGGGUGGCGUCAAGCCCGACGCAAUCAAGCCUAGCGUUCAUACUCUCACGCUGGAAGCAUGCGAUAAUGGUCAACAGCCUAGGCCAAAGUGUACCUUAUUCAAAAAUUUGAGGGUGUUCAUAAAAACAUUGAGGGACGGGGAGCUCGAUAACUCAGAGAGAGUUAGGAAUGUUGCUCAAGCCCAAAGUGACGGUGAGAAUGGUAGAACAUCUUUUAGCGGCAAUCAAUUACCGAGUAUGUCAACACAUUAUAAUGAAGUGGGAGUGGUGGACAAUGCUAUGAUGUAUGGCCAAACAGUGGCUGGAGCCCGGUACACGAUGAAUGAGAUUAUCAUCGUGUGUCUCUCUGCCUUGUUUAUAAUCGUUUUGCUAAUCACUCUACUACUUGUGUGUCUGAUAAGACGUCGGUCCAUCGGAAAUUCCUCGCAAAACAAAGCAAUGGAUGGCGCUCGUAGGACACAUCAGUCCACCUGUCACCUACACCCGUUGCUAACUUCAUUGAAUUGCGCGUCUCUGUCAACCAAAGUUCAACUGGGAAGCGGACGGCUUUCCGAAUGCCGCUCACCUCAUAGAAACUCUUCGCAAACUGCAAAUGAUGCGAAUGGAGCAAUGGAUUCAAUAUGUCCUUUUAGAGAAUGCACACCUGCGGAAAAUGAACUGUUUUCAGUUAAUACUUUUUCCGACAGUCGAUACACUUUACUUCCUCGAGACACUGAUGCCGGUGCUCAGAGGCAACUAUCAAUGGCUAUUGGUGAACCAACCAAUCUACCGGCAUUUGAACAGUCAGUAAGUUGA